UUGGACAGGAGUCUUGUCAGUCAUGUCUUCUUUCAACGAAUUAAAGAAAGGAGAUAAACACUCGUUGUGUCUAAGUGAAGAGUUUGUCCUGUAUUUUAGGACAAAACCCCAGCCCCUCCCCCUUCAGUGAAGGGGCGGUACCCAAUCAGGUGCCUCAAAUUACACAUUCCUGUGUUCUGGAGCACCUUGAAUCCGGAAAUGUCACACAAUAACAACACUGACGACGCGCUCGGUCGGUUGUUUUAGGUGAACACGCGGGUGGAACACGAGUUAAACCGUUCAGCUUCAGUGUAUCAGAAGUCAAGACUAUUUUAACGUGGGGUUUUGUUCUAUAAACACGCUGUUAUGCCAGGUUUAGAUUAUAAAUUUCUCGAGCGACCGAGACGCCGCCUCCUGUGUCCUUUGUGCAACAAGCCGAUGAGGGAGCCGGUGCAGGUGUCCACCUGCGGACACAGGUUCUGUGAUACCUGCCUCCAGGAGUUUCUCAGUGCGGGUGUGUUCAAGUGCCCAGAGGACCAGCUACCUCUCGACUACGCUAAAAUUUUUCCGGAUGUAGAGUUGGAGCAGCAGAUUCUGGCUCUGCCCAUCCGAUGCAUUCACAGUGAGGAGGGUUGCCGCUGGUCAGCACAGAAUAAACAACUUCAGACCCAUCUUAUGGUAUGUGCGUAUAACGUGGUGCCGUGUCCUAACCGCUGCAUGAUGAAACUGCUGAGGCGUGAUCUUCCUCAGCACCUGCAGUAUGACUGCACCAAGAGAAAGCUGCGCUGUGACCACUGCGCUGAGGAGUUCACCGGGGAAGCACACGAGAGGCACCAGGACAUGUGUCCGGAGGAGAGCGUGUACUGUGAGAAUAAGUGUGGGGCUCGUAUGGUGCGCAGAUUGCUGACCCAGCACAGCCUGUCUGAAUGCCCCAAGCGCAAACUCCCCUGCAAAUACUGUACCAAAGAGUUCCUCUACGACACCAUUCAGCAUCAUCAGAUCCAGUGUCCACGCGUCCCAGUGCAGUGCCCCAACAGCUGUGGCACACACGGCAUCGCCCGAGAGGAUUUAAUGACUCACGUUAAGGAGAGCUGCGAGACCGCCCUGGUGCUCUGUCCGUUCAAAGAUGCCGGCUGCAAAUACAGAUGUUCGAAGCCUGCAGUACCUCUUCACCUGGACGAGGCCACCCACUCUCACCUGUCUUUACUCUGCGGCCUUGUGAAUCGGCAGAGACUCGAGCUGCGGGAGCUGCGGCGUCGCGUAGAGGAACUUUCCGGAAACCAAGACGGCACUUUGCUUUGGAAAGUCCCCAACUACAGCCGUCACCUCCAGGAGACCAGAAACGGCUCCAACGGCACUUCGGAGCUCUUUAGCCCUGCUUUCUACUCUCAUCGCUAUGGAUACCGUCUCCAAGUCUCCAUCUUCCCCAGUGGGAACGGCAGUGGUGAAGGAACGCACCUGUCUGUCUACAUCAGAGUGCUCCCGGGCGAGUACGAUGGCCUGCUGGAGUGGCCGUUCCCUCACCGAGUCACCUUCUCACUGCUGGACCAGAGCGACCCAGCGCUCUCCAAACCUCAGCACGUCACCGAGAGCUUCAGCCCAGAUCCCAACUGGAAGAACUUCCAGAGACCUCGGCCUGGAGCGAUCGGGAGCGUACGCACGGGCUGUCUGGACGAGAGCAUGCUGGGAUUUGGGUACCCCAAGUUCAUCUCGCAUGAGCAGAUGAAGGAAAGGAACUACAUCAGGGACAACACGAUCUUCAUCAAAGCUUCUAUCGACGUGGUGCAGAGAAUAAUCAACUGAGCCGAACUUGAGUCAAAGGAGUCAAAGGAAACAAGUAAAAACGUCCUUCAUUAUUAAGGCAUUAAUGUGUAUGGUCAUUAUGUGUCCACGUCUUGAGAUUUUACUGGAAUUUAAAGGAAAAAGAAGAGGGAAUUUAAGAAGGGGUAAAUAAGUGGACAAGGUAAAGGACAGAGUUGAGUUAGCAGGACGGGGAAAAACCAGUUCCAUCUCAAUAAGGAACUUCUUAUCCAGUUUUUCUAUAGGAACGUUUAGGGAUACUAGGAUGGGUCUAGCAAAAAUGUAGAUCAAUUCAUUUUUAUAGUUUAAUCAUACUGUUACAUUUUUAAACCAUCGAUGCACUGUGUACAGCGGAGGAAAGAGUACAAAACACACCGAGCCGAGUAAAAGUACUGCUACCGUAGUAAUAAUUCACGUAAACGUAAAAGUCGUAAUAAAGAAAAGCACUCGAGUUAGAGUAAAUAACUCGUCUGGUGAAAAGCUACUUUACAAAAGACUUCUUUUUUUUUUUUUUCUACUACUGACACAACUAAUCUGAAAAUGUUCUAUAUCUGAGGAUUUUUUUUUUUUUUUUAAAUAAAAAAAUUGAACUAACCAAGUGAGCUAUUCUAGAGAGAACAUAACCUCCGUAAUCAACUGUAUAUAAAGAAAGUUAACGUUCGCAGCAACAUUUGGUAGCUCAUGUCAAUCCAUGCAUGUUUCUCGCUACGUUGUUAGCUCUCCAGCAAAAUGCUCCUUUUUUGCUAGGUAAUUAUAUCUAGGCAGCACGUGGGUGUAUUUAACACAAGAGACGAUAGCUACUGAACGUUAAAGUGACAUUUUAAGUUGAAUACAGAGCUCCAAUUCUGUAAAGCAACAAAAGAUCUGGGUAGUCAGUCAGAUUGACUCCGCUAGCUAGCUAAUGGCUCACCUGUACAUGGAGGAUAAACUGUGAAAUGCUGAUAUCUCCAGGGCUUGAAUAUUUUCUUUAAAACAAACAACAACAACAACAAAACAGCCAGUUAAAGUAUUGCGAAUUAAAAUGAUAUGCGAUCAGCAAUAAACCUUGCACACCUGCAGGUGAUGGAUAGGUGCGUAGGAAAAAAGACCACAAACCAAGUCAAAUCUCAAAAACGAAAAAAUCCCGCACACUAACGGUACUUUGUUCACAACGUUUCGGUCCAGUGACCUUCAUCAGGCGUAUACAAACCAACCUGCCUGUUGUGAGAGCGUUUUUCAGAACCCUGUGACCAAUGCAGCAUUUGAAGUGAAGUUGCAACUCGUCAACUUGGCGUAGUCUUCUGAACUACCGGAUCCUUUCCUGUUUACUAGUGAUGUCAAAUCAACACACGGUGGACAGAAUUUGAAAUACGUUUAUAGCAGUAUUCGCUAUAAAUUAGAUCAGUUACUGUACAGAGACAGUACUUGGUUAAAUCGGUUAUAACAUUGACCGUACUAAUCACUGUUUUCAGGAGGUAAUCUCAGUACGUUCACAUGGACGACAAUAAUCCGAUAUGAACCCGAUUAAGACGAUACUCUGAUUAAGAAACUAGCAUGUAAACAGCAAUUUUUUAUUACCUUAAUACGACUAAAGUCGUACUCGAAGUAAACACAAAUCGGAUUAAGACGUGUGGAGUAUUCCCGUUUUAGUCGCGUUACAGACACGUACACACCUUAAUCUCACUAUUAACGUCGUGUGGGAGUUUUCACCGCGUGUUGUGACGGGACACGUACACACACGGCAGCGCUCAACCGUUUUACGGCAAACGAGAGCACGGCUGCGUCCCAAACCGCGAACUUACCUACUGUAUAGUAGGCGAAAUACAUGCAUCUCAGCUACUAUAUAGUAGGUAAGUACGCGGUUUGGGACGCAGCCCACGGCUUCAAGCAGUCGUCUAUUAGCACGUACAGCAUGACUAAUAAUUAACCGCACUUGAAGCGUUCGUAAAAUUCAAAAUAAAAACACCCAAAACUGUAUACGGUCCCAUAACGAAGACCAACUGUAUGUCGAUACGUGAAAUUCUGGAGGGACGUCGAACGGCGUGGCGCGGUGACGUAAUGACGUGUAGCGUUAAUCGAUCUAUGUUCUAUAACAUGUAAAACAGGAACAUGAAAGGAGUAUUCUAAAAGCGACUCAUGUAAACACCUUAAUCAGAAUACUGUCUUAUUCAGAAUAAGGUCAGUAAUUAGAUUACUGCUGUCCAUGUGAACGUAGUCAUGACAUGUACACGCCUUAAUCACACUAUUAACGUCAUGUUAAAACACCGUAACGGUACCAUCGUAUCGUUUUAUCGCCCAGCACUAUAAUUCCUUAUUUCUUUCAUUCUUCAUUUCAGAUCUACAGUUAGAAGAUCGUCAUUGUGUAAUCUGACAUGGAGAGCGUUAUCACACAGUCUGCUCUGGAAUUUGGCCAAGAUUUUAUU